UGCUGUGGUCCAUUUCAGAACCCUAGUUUAGUCAUAUCCAGCUCAAUUUCUGUAUAAAAUUUCUGCUGAAGUUAAUGCCCUAGGGACCUUUGGUGGUUGCCUUUUCUGGAAAAUUUGGAAGGGCCCUCUUGUUGGUGAAAUAGAAGUUCAUGUGCUGUAAAAUUCAUUGUGAAGGCAUUAUUAUUUCCCCCGCACAGCCAUUUAUGGUGAAGGACCCUCUUGUUGGCUUCUUUAGAUUACUUUCUCCCUUUGAUUUCCCUGAAAACCUUAUUGGUGCUGGCUUGUCAGCCUAGCUUGAGUUUUAGCCCUUGAAUAAAAUAAGAAAGGUGGCACCUUUGCUCUUUUUAUUUUUUUCCUUACUGGUAUGGAGAGCUGUUUAAUGAUAGGGACCAUUUCUUCCAUUGUCUCCUUUAUGUAACUGGUGAAAGGUUCGCUUUCUUGCCUGUGGGGCAUUUUGCAGUAGAAUAGAUGUCAUCUUAAGGUUUUAAAGUCAUCCAGCUGGUGCAUUGUAGGCAUGUUUUUUUUUUCUUUUCCAUCUUUUGUGUUAGUUAUAUAUAGGAUUCUUCUUCUAAGGGACUACUUUUGCUUUUUACCUCUUGGUGCAAAGCUGCUAAAGUUAAUUGUUCCUUGUUGAGUCCUGCAAGAAAUUACUAGUCAACCUCCAUUCAUCUCUUUAGCUAAAGAUACUGUCAUUUGAUCCAUAGGACUUGCAAUAUAUGAUUUGAAGACUCUGCAUGGAGCCUUGAACACUUGAUUGGUUGAAAGAAAAGGGGAAAUCUGUAACUAGCUAAUCUUCACAAAUGUUUUCAGCUCAGCGAUCUGACCAAGCUAUGGGAACAUCUUCAAUGACGACUCCUCGCUCCUCUGCAAAUGUUACUGAACAAUACCUUGUUACUGAUUGGAACUCCCUGGUUUCGGUGGAUCAAAAUAUGGAUUUUAGUGGGCCAUCUAGUAUUUCUUCUUACAAUGUUAGGGUGCCACAAAACCAGGAAUUCAAUUGUUCUAUUGCUGAUACCAGGCCUUCUUCCUUCGGCAACGAGAGCUUUCCUGAGAUGGUGAGUUCUUUUGAUCUGUCGGAGAGCUGCAAGGUUGCAGAUGCUGUCUGUCCUCCAAGUUUCCCUUCAACCAACAAGCACAGCUUUGAGAAAAAUCUCAAGGGGAAGAAAAGAAAAAGUUUGACUGAAUGUGGUGCUGUACACCCCCAUUCAUCACUGGAGAGGAUUCAGGCUGGGGUUGAACAACAGAAAGAUCUCUCUCCUGAGUCUGCCAAAAGCCCAACAGAGAGAGAUGAGAAAAAACAGAAGAGUGAACUGAACCCAGGUGUCACCUCUCAUAAACAGGCUGCUAAACUUGCCAAAGAACAUUCUCAAGAUGAUGAUGCUCUUAAAGAAGAUUACAUUCAUGUCCGAGCCAAGCGAGGCCAGGCCACAAAUAGCCACAGCCUUGCAGAAAGAGUGAGGAGGGAAAAGAUCAGUGAAAGGAUGAGGCUUCUUCAAGAUCUUGUUCCUGGAUGCAAUAAGAUUACUGGCAAGGCUGUUAUGCUUGAUGAGAUAAUCAACUAUGUGCAGUCACUGCAACGGCAGGUCGAGUUCCUAUCAAUGAAGCUUGCAACUGUCAGCCCUGAACUGAACUUUGAUCUUGAGCAAAUCCUUUCAAAAGAUAUUUUUCAUGCACAAGAUGGUGGUUCAGCUGUUCUCGGAUUUGGUCCCAGAAUGAGCAGCCUUCGCCCUCAUUUGUAUGGACCAUCCCCACACGGAGUCAUGCAGUCAGAAAUCAUGUGCAGUGUACCCCAUUCAGAGGAUAUGGUUAGAGCUGCUCCACCCCAUACUUCCCCAGUGGCUCAAAUAUCAAGUGUAUGGCAUGAUGAACUGCAAAAUGUUGUUCAGAUGGGCUUCGUUCCUAAUGCAGCUGUUACUGACACAGAAAACAAUGAUUCCAUGAAGGUGGAGUUAUAAAUCCUAUAAUGGAACCAUCAUUAUCCUUUCUUACUCAGAUUGCUGUACAUCAAAAGAUUCAUGGCCCUCUGGUGCUGAAGAACGCCGUGUUGUACAGUUUCAAAGGCCUAACCAUUUCUCUUCAUUUUUCAGAAGAAUUUAUGAAGUGUUCAUGAUGAUUUUGUAUAGCCUGAGCUCAAAUAGCUGAUUCAAUUGGAGUCAUCAUUUCGAUCAGUAUGAUAUUGGUUGUUUGCAAUACUUUUGGGGAACUGAAAUUGAGUUAAUGGAUCAUGUUAAAAGAUGUGUGAGUGGGACUGGUUUCAAGAGUGGUUUCUUAAAAUAUUUUAUGUACUGAGUGAGAGGAGGAUAGCUUUUAGUUGUUUGUAGUGAUGUAAGGAGGGCUGGCAGCAUAAGAGCAUCAAAGAAUGAAAUUUCUGCUUCCAUCUUUUUCA